AUGAGCUUCACAGGAUCCAGCGGUUCGUCGGGGAUAACCCCCGGUCUGACAAGUGCGGGACUUCCUCCAUCGACCAGCGGGCUGAAUGAACAGGAGCAGGCUAUGGUCAAAAUGAUGACUGGUGCCAUGGAGUCGUGUCCAGUUAAAACAGUAAUGGCGGGAGGAAUGGGCUUUGCGCUAGGAGGCGCAUUCGGCUUGUUCAUGAGCAGUAUGUCAUAUGAUACACCUCUCACGCCCCAAGGCCAGCAAAUAUCCUCUCUACCGGUACGCGAGCAACUUCGACGCGGAUUCAAAGACAUGGGUUCACGAUCAUACAGCAGCGCGAAGAACUUCAUGGUUGUUGGUGCUCUUUUUAGUGGCACUGAAUGCUGCAUUGAAGGGCUACGUGCCAAAAAUGAUCUGGCCAACGGUAUCGCUGCUGGAUGCAUCACUGGUGGAAUCCUUGGCGCCAAAGCAGGUCCUCAGGCAGCCCUCCUUGGAUGUGCUGGUUUUGCGGCCUUUAGUGCUGCCAUUGAUGCGUACAUGAGACAGCCAUCCGAUUAA